AUGCCUAGUGAAACACCCCAACCGCCUAUGGUGCCUGAAGUUAAAGUUCGUAAGCCAUCUAAUGAGUUGGAUAUACAGCAGCCGCAGCAGCUGCUGCAGCAGCAGCUGCUGUUGUUGUUGGCUACUACAGGCACCAACGAUACUAAACGGCGAAGUUCAACUUCUGAUAACCCUGAUGAAGGUACAGAAGAAGCCGAAGACUUGUUAAACGAGAUUACCAACAAACAAUCUGCAAACUAUAGAUAUGUUUCUUUCAGGCCAUACAAGGACCCCAAUGAAGAAACCAAUGAUGAACCAAAAAAAUCAAAAAAAUACAUCAAACAAGUUUCCUUUGAUGAUAUGAAUAUCCACGAUGACGACGAUUUCGAUGACGAUUAUGACUACGAUGAUGAUGUAGCUCGAGAAUUGUACAGGAUGAAAAAUGGCACUAGAAGACAACCUGGGUCUUUUCUUUCAACAUUUUAUUCAAGAGGCAGGCAACUUUCACCGGGACCAGGAAGAUUGUCACCUAUAGCAUCGCCUAGGGGCACAUACGAGGAAUCAGACAGAUUGAACUUUCAAGAUUUGAGACGACUUGAAAUGGAAGGGUUGAAAUACCCUACAACACCAAUAACUAUUCGCCGAUGUUGCUCCAUAACUCAACGACACAAAUUAUAUGAAAGAUUGUAUAAUGGUGACUUGUAUCCUUUGAUGCCUGUGCUUCCUCAUCGAACUAUACUUUUGUAUAUAAGUGCUCGUGUUCAUACUUGGGUGGCGUUAGAUUGGAUUUUGAACAAGUUUCUUGAAAACGGAGAUAAAGUGAUUGUAUGUGCAACUGUGGACUCUAGUAUAUUUGAACGACACAAGGGAAGAAGGUACCAAUCAAGAUCAAGAUCAAGAUCAUCAUUUAAUGAUCCCAUGGAUAGGUACAAGAGUAGAAGUCGACCCGAAAAUAUAAUUACAAUUGCAAAAAGUAUAAUGGACUAUUGUAUGAGAGUGAUCAAUCCAGAGAUCAUAGCCAAAGUAACAAUUGAAUUAGUGGCAGGUGGUACAAAAGAUGUAUUGAAGGAUUUGUAUAAACUAUACGAACCGAACUUGGUGUGUACUGGAACAAAACCCAAUAGUCACGUUGGAGCACCAUUGAGGUCAUGGACUUCAUCUAAAUUAUCUGAUAGAUUAGUUAGGAAUUUCCCAUUACCAGUUAUUCUUGUUCCUGCAAUGAACAUGUGCGAUUUUGAAUUUGCACUACAAAGUAGGGUUAAUGGCGAAUCAUUACAAGAAACGAUGAAUUCUGUGGAAAGUAUCAAUGGUAUUGAUUGUAAAACCACUGGUAUUGCUCAGAAGAAUAAUAAUAAUAAUAAUAAUAAUGCUGCUGCUGCUGCUGCUGCUAAAAAAGAAGGAAGCAAUCAAGGAGAAGGACGAGAUGAAGACGAUGAUGACGAUGAUGACGAUGAUGAUAAUAAUGAUGACAGUAGUAUUGCAUCAGGUGGAUCACUGCAGAGUAGCAAUGAUUCAAUCGCGUCAUACAACUCAUUCAACGAGAUUUCAAGAUUAUACAAGGAUUACCGAUUUGAUAUUCAAACUAAAAUGAAAGAUUUAGAGCUGCACCAGCUUAAUGCUGAUUAUUAUGCUAACAUAGCUAGAGCAAUUUCAGAUAAUUCUCUUGAUUUAUGUUCGGAGAUCUUACAAAUACAACCAAAUUUUAUUGGCAAAGGAAGUAAACUAGCACGAGCCAUAACAGGAUCUAACUCAUUUGGAUAUAGUCCAUACAAGACCAAGUCAUUAUUGGUACCUAUGGAGAAACCGGAAAAGAUAGAAAGAGAAGUACCUAAAGAGCACCAAAUGUCAUUCAAAGAAGUGAGAGAACAAUUGAAAAUGAACAAGAUAAAAUCACAAGCGGCAAGUUCUCCUCCUCCUCCUCAUUCUCCUUCUGUUGCACAACAUAAUCCAUCAUUAUCAUCGACGACAACAACAACAACAUCAUCAUCUCAUAACAAUAACUCUGGUCCUGCUUCCGAUAACGUAUCACCGCCUCCUCCCUCUUCGCAAAGCUUGAAAUGGGGCGGGUUGGAAAAACCGUCAAAAAACAGACACGGAGUAUCGAGUCAACUUUAUCGAAACAGAUUGACCAAAUGUUUAAGUGACGAUGAUAAUAACGGAAGCAGAAUUAACCUUGAGAAGAAUCACUUGAAGCCUAGGAGUAGUCAUCCUAACGGAUCAUCAAUCCCAAGUCCACAUGACACCGAUGGGAAAAAGAAAUGGAAGAAACUCAAGAACUGGUUCAAGGGUUGA